AUGUUCCCUGACGAGCUCAAGGGACUCACGCUGGUCGAAGAGAAGCUCGUCUCGCUCAACUCCUGCUAUGGGCACGUCAAGGGCCACAUCACAGUGUUUCCCAACAACGUGCAGGAGCUGGCGACCAGGUGCUCCCGCACCCCUUUGCAAGCACUGGACGAGAUCCACGUUUCGUGGCAGGGCGUGGAGAAGCCGGCACCGAGCGACCUGUCGAGUCUCUUGUCGGUGAGGCGGCGGGUCGUCGAGAGGGCUCUUGUUUGGCUGAAGAGGAGCAACCCCCACUACGCCGAGAUCGAGAUCGACGUGGCGGAGAUGGAGAGUUGGGGAGACCCGAUAGACGGGGUGCCGGCCUUGGUGUAUGAUCGCAUGGAGCGGAACGAGCCGUCCGCAUGGGAGAAAACGCGGACGGCGCACGUUGUGCCGCCCACGGAGCGCGCCAUGGACGACGAGGGGUCGGUGGAGAUCGAGGAACUCUUCGCUCUGCUCAACCAAAGGCAGGAAACGGGAGGCGAGGCUGAAGGGCACGGGCCCAACGAAGAAGGCGCGGGUCGUGAUGGAGUUGGUGCUAGCCCCGAUCAGAACGUUCGACCAAUCAACGAGCUGCGCAUGCUGAGUGUGGCGAGGAAGGACUUCGGCAAGGUCGAGCGCGUUGCCCGCUCGAUGACCGCGCAAAGGCUCAAUAUGCGGCGGAAAAUCCAGUCGCUCAUCGUUGGCUACGGCGUUCCGGCCAUCUGGUUCACCAUCAACCCAAACGACAUUACGAACCCGGUGAAGCUGCGACUGGCGGCAUAUCGGACACGCGAUCCCGGCGCGGCCGAGGAGUUCCUAGAAGGCCUUGGGAGUGCGUACAAGCGGACAAGGCUGGCCAUGUCCGAUCCGAUGAGCGCCGCCGUAUUCUUCCACCGGGAGAUGAAGCUGUUCUUCGAUCAUUACGUGAAGGUCGGAGAAGAGUCGGUAUUCGGGCGCAUCGGCAAGUACUAUGGCGCUGUGGAGACCAACGAACGAGGGGCGCUUCAUGUUCACGGCUUGCUCUGGUUGCACGGAAACGCGCAUCUCAGCUCGAUGCUUGCCGACAUCCACGGGGAGGAUCAGGCGGCGUAUCGCGAGCGAAUCAUACGAUACGUCGAUAGUGUCUUCUCGAGGAUCUGGAUCAGGAAGGGUUCUGCGCCGUGCAAGCGGAGCGAUCUGUGA